GUCUGCCCACUCAUUUAUUCGGAAAUGAGACUGUAACGAAACUUCAUUCCUCCCCUGCAGCACGUGUGCCCAGCCCUAAGGACGUCACUGGGAACAACCUUUGACAGACCAUUACAGAGACCAGAGUUUACCACGCGCAACGCGCCUUGAUCUGAGUUACUCAUUUACGGGCUGCAUCUGGGAUCACAGGCAGGCUAUGGAUUCCUGGAAGGAAGCCACAAGCCGUAGCUGGAUUUAUCCCACGGUGAUCAUCUGUGCAAAUGGAUUUUUUGCCACAAUGAGGCCAUCAGAGUCUUUCCUGACCCCUUAUCUAACAGGGUCAGACAAAAACCUAACGAUUGAAGAGGUUACCAACCAGAUUUUGCCUGUUUGGACGUACUCCUACCUGGCCCUCCUGUUCCCAGUCUUCCUGCUCACGGACUACCUGCGCUACAAGCCCGUCCUCCUCCUCCAGGGCAUCAGCCUCGUCCUCACCUGGCUCCUGCUCCUCUUCGCGCACGGAGUGCUGGCCAUGCAGCUGGUGGAAUUCUUCUACGGGAUGGUGACGGCCACCGAGGUGGCCUAUUACGCCUACAUCUACAGCGUGGUCAGCGCCCAGCGCUACCAGAGGGUGACGAGCUACUGCAGGAGCAGCACUCUGGUGGCAGCCACCGUGGCCGCCGUGCUGGGACAGCUGCUGGUGUCCUUGGCAGACGUGUCCUACUUCUACCUCAACGCCAUCACCUUGGCUUCCGUGUCCCUGGCCUUCCUGUGCGCCUUUUUCCUCCCCAUGCCCCAGAAGAGCAUGUUCUUCCACAGGAAAGACGCCUCCCAGUCCCUCCCAGAGCCCCAUCGGGUCGCGGCUCCGGCCGCUUCCGACCGUCCCUCCACCCAAGAGGACACGAGCUCCGACUCUGCCGGCAGGGGCCCAGCCCCCCAACAGCUGCCUGGCAAUGCCAAGCCCCACAGUCACCUGCUCAGAGUGCUGGUGCAGCUGAGCAGGGACCUGAGGGAUUGCUACAGCUCCAGGAAACUUCUCUACUGGUCCCUGUGGUGGGCUCUGGCUACGGCCGGCUUCAACCAAGUGGUGAAUUACAUCCAAGUGCUGUGGGACUUCCGAGCCCCCUCCCACAGCUCUGCCGUGUACAACGGAGCUGUCGAAGCACUGGCGACUUUUUUAGGUUCAGUAACAUCCAUGGCAGUUGGAUAUGUCAAAGUCAACUGGGAUCUCUUUGGAGAAAUGGCUUUGGGGAUUUUCUCUGCAAUGGAUGCUGGUUCUCUGUUUCUCAUGUACUUCACUGGGAACAUCUGGGCAUGCUAUGCUGGUUACCUUGCAUUCAAGGCUUGCUACAUGCUCCUUAUAACAAUAGCAACGUUUCAGAUCGCUGUCAACCUGAGCAUGGAGCGCUAUGCUCUGAUGUUUGGCUUCAACAACUUUGUUGCCCUGGUGAUUCAGACGAUUGUAACUGUUGUUGUAGUAGAUUCAAGAGGUCUGGGACUGCAUAUCAGCACUCAGUUUCUCAUUUAUGGCAGCUACUUUGCAGUCAUAGCUGGAAUUUUCCUCAUCAGAAGCACAUACACCAUGAUCUCCACCAAAUGCAGAAACACCAGCGAGGCUGGUGAAAGCACUGGUCAUUAACAACAGAGACAAGAAGAAUGGUUGCAAGCAACAGUGCAGAAGGCUCCAUCAUCUGAACAACAAAUCAGGAGACACAAAAUGUUCCAUCAAGCAAACCUGGUGCAGGUUGAAGCAGGCUGCUAAGGAGCCCACAGCACAGAGAGCUUUGUCAGCAGCAAUGCAUUCUGCCCGUUCCCUUCAGCCUUAGUUUAACUCAAGCGUUACUGAUAGACACCCAAACUUCAAUUCAUGCUCAGCAAGCAAACAAGCACGGGCAGAUGCCUGAACUUCACAGCAGAACUCACAGAACACAAUCUCUGAAAUUUCACUCCUGAGUAUUUCAAUUAAAGGCAAUUUAGUCACUGACACGAGACCUUCAGACAUUCCCAGGGAAUACAAAGCAGCAGGUGCCCCUGGCAGCAAGAUACCUGUUGGAAAGCUUGCCACAGAGAAAACUUAACACCUUUUCAACUGGAAGUUGUGGCGUAAGAUUUUCAAUACAACUUAACAAAGCAAUAAAUUUUUUUUACCCAAAAGAUGCUACUCAAAUGUUGGAUUACUACCAUGUGAUCUAGUAUAGCAAUACUGGCAUUUUCCCAGUGGUCAAAUGCAGGCAUUUCAGAUUCCACACAGACAAUGCACUCCUCAGAAAUGUGAAGUCACGGGACUGUAAGGAAAAACAUGUCAUUAUACCCAGAUCAACUGCUACUGAUGCACUGAGUUUUACUGUGAGUUUGCUGAAGGGGCAUGAACACAACACCCUGACCUUUCCUUUGAGUGUCUGCCUUGAUAAGCAUAGGCAAUAAUUAUAUCCAACAACUGCCAUGACCCACACACACUUAUCUUUGGAAGAGAAUCUCCUAAACUAACUUAUUUCUAAACCAUGGGGAGACACUUCAGUUGCUAUACAAGGUAGUCUUAAAUAACAUAAGUUUAAAUAUAACUAAAGCUAAUUAGGGAAUGUUCUUCCAGCUGUCCACUUUCUAGUCAACAGUAUCAGACAGCAGGAAAUUCCACUGCAUUCCUUUACCACAACUUAGAGAUUCGUCAAGACUCAGAAUUAACUGACCCACUGCAUCUCCCAAAAAAAGGGAAAAUCAUCAGUUCCCUCCAGUACAGUUUUGAAAAACUAUUUGAGCUCAUCUUCACGUCCCAGAAACUUUUCCCUUCAAGAGAGCAGAAUACUUGCAUCACACACCUUUCUUUCAGGAAUUCCAACUCAAUUUAGUGCUUUUCAAAUGAAUUUUUUGCUUCAGCACUUGUUUCAUCGUGGUAUUUGGAUGUUUGCAGCCACCUUUCCCCUGCAGUACGUGGACAUCACAUCUGCCUUACAGAACAAGAUGUGCCCACUCCUACAGCUGUAGCAUCUUCUUGCACAUGCAACAGAUGACACUUUAGGACUCAAGUACUAAUCUCGGAGGUCUUCACAUAAAUUUCUGUAUAAAGUUAUCAAGUGAAGUCCUUUGAUACUAAAGCAUGAAAAUACAGCUUUUUGGCAACUAUACAUAAGCAACUGUGUGAACAACUGCACAGACUUUCCAGAUUGUAAGUUUAUAAUCACAGGUGAAGAAUUCACUUAGUAAAUACAUCUAUUUUUAAAACCCAAUCAACAGAACAGCUACAGUGUCAGUUUCUGCUCAACAUCAAGACUCAAAACAACACAAGACCUUCAGCUGCUUGUCCAGAGUUUGGAAAAUGUAAAAUUAGUCAACACAGACUAAAGGGAUGUGGUUGUGUAUAGCAGAGGCUGCCAACCUUUUAUCUGCAUUUAAUCUAGUUAUGAAAAACACGGUAUUCCACUACUUCUGCAGCACAUUCUAGAACUACAUGCCUUGCAUACUUAAAUCAAUUUUGGUAUCAGCAAGAAUCAGCUUCAUUUGGAUCAGGGCAAUUUCAACAGAUGCUGAUCUCAUCAGCCCUUGCCCAAAGCCUCAUUUAUAUCAACAGAGGUGAAGCAGGCACAGGAUUGCUCCCCUUUCACAACACUGUUUGUCUUAUUUCAGGACAUUUGGUUGAUUUGGUUCAGUUCCCUGCACUGGCCAUAUUUCAGUGUUCCACAAGCCCUGCUGAACCCUUGCAGUUCCCCACUCUACUGCACUUACCUGUUCCUAUCCCAAAACAGCCAGGGUUGACAACAGGGAAGAACUACAGCUAUUUAAGCUGUGCUAAAAUACAGUGCUGAGAGCAAGGGCAUCUCUAACACCCUGGAAACCCUCAACUGCUGGGGAUUUGUUUAGUGAAUUUCUCAGAGAAUCUUGGGAAUUUAACUGUAAAAUAUACUCCCUCCCCCCCCAGCAGUCUUCACCACAAGGGAAAAACAGAACUCAAGUCUAUUUUAACUUUAAAUAUGACAACAGGACAAACCCAGG